AUGGCCCUAAAUGGCACUUGUUUGCAGAUAUCUGCCUUGAGUGUGGUUCCAAUACCAGCGCCUCGACACAGAUGCUUACCUUCUCCAACAAUAGCCGGUCAACAGAUUAAAGCCAACUUGACCGAGAGUAACUUGGAUCCACCUUCAGGUGGCUUAGCAUCAACCGGUCCAUCGAUUACGAUGACACUCCCACUUGGUGAAACUUCAAAUCCAUCAUCGGCUGCAGCAGAUGCAACCUACACUAAAUCUCAGCUUUUAAUGCCAAAAUCAGUAAGGAUACCGGACCAUCCGGAAUCCUCUAUUAGUCAGGAAGUAAAAAGCAAAUUAUUACGUGGCCACUGGCCUGCUUCAAGCUCAUCACUAGAGCCUUCAGAAAAGCGGCGCUGGAAUCUCGGCCAAGCUGUUAACCAAAGCCCUGACCGGCUAGCCAUCAUGCGUCCGUUGGCGCAACCCGAUUGGCCUGUGGAUGACGCUCCAAAGAACCCUAGACCGGAAAAAAUACCGCAUCUCGGCAACGAGGGUUCAGACGAAGACGACAUCAGCAAGUCAGCAGAGGAUCGUUUCAGCAAUUCGGCCAUGGAGAACUAUUCACUUGCUGAGGCUAUAAAGAUCAACCCACAACUCUCAAAUGCUAUCCACCGGCUUCAUCAUUUUCUGCAAAAUCGUCCGCCCGUGACGCCAGCCUCAUCUCCAUGCCCUAAGCCGGCAUCAGUUCCUCCACCUACGCCUCCACGUUACACUCAUCCUCAGUGGACUGAACAUCCUCGAUAUGAUGACAGGACGGUUAGACGCAUCGGAAGUGCAAGCCUUGCCCCCAAUGGCGAAGCUUAUAUAACCGGACUUGGGUCAAAAGAGCAUGAACAGGAGAUACAAGAAAUGGAAGGGUUUAGGAUAAACACAGAAUUGCCCACCGUGCCAAAAAGGGUCUUAUCUCAAGCAAAUCAGCUUCCGUCUGCUGAGACCAGUGACCUCUUGUAUUUCGCAGACAAACAAAUCGACAAGCUGGCCAACUUCACAUUGUCUGCGGAACCGGUCAGGUGCCAACUAAAUGGCGCAGCUAUCACAUUAGCUGGAGAUCCUAAAAUAGGUACACAAUCAUUUAAAGGGAUAGAUGUUUUUGCAAAAUUUUUUAUACUCUCCCAGACAAGUGGGAAAUUCAGUAACGUCGUGGAUGUAACCCAUUGA